AGAAACUCUUGUUCACUUUCACAUUCAGAUGAGAGAUUCUGAGCUCUGAAGACACAUUCAGCCGACCAGCAGCUCACCGCUCACACUGCAGACAUGAAGUUUGUGAUCCUGUUGGCUGUUUUCAGUGGGAUUUUUGCUGCCCCGUUUGUGAAAGAAGAGGAGGCAAAGCGGUUCAUCAGACUGAAGAGACAGUCAGGAUACUGGGAUCCACAUCACUCUCAGAACCAGUGGGGUUACACCGUUCAGGAACAGGCUAAUGAGUACUAUACAGCCCUCCGAACAGAUGCUCAGUACUACAUGGACAUGAGCAACCUGAUGUUUGACCGCUCUGUGGCUACUGAAAACAACAGACUCUAUAUGGAGAUGCUCCGCAAUGCACGAGCUCACCUGGACAGUCUGACGGGUCGACAAAGGUAGAAAAAAAGGGGAAGACCGAAGAGGUGCGACAUCACAAUGUGGGCAAAAAAUGAUACUUCAGCAAAGCCCCAGCAUUUAAUUGAUUCAUAGAAAUACAUUUUAAUUUGUUCUAUAUUCUGAGGCUCAAUCAUGAACUACUUUUAUAAAAGAAUGUAUUAGUUUUGUAUUUAAAUACAACUAAAUAUCUCUACUGAUUGUGCAAGUUAUGAACUAUUUUUUCAACAUCUUUCUUAUAAGAAUAUGAAAUGUGCUCAUUAUUAAGCAUAUCAAUAUGAGGGGAAAAAAAGACUAUUUUCAUAUGGGUUGAUGCUGCAGUUGUUUAAAAUGAAUUUCCGUGAGUUUAUAGAACAACAAUUCAAAUUAUCACUUAAUAAUAAAAAAAUGCCAUUUUUACCACUGCAAUAAAGUGCAGUUUUCAUUUAAUACUGUUAUUGUCUUGAAAUAAACAUUGUUGUGUGCAGUUAAUGAAAAUGUUCUCACAGUGGAAUAAGCACUCAAACAAAAAACUGCCUUUACAUGAUUUCGGGAGAAAUAAAUCCUGUAUGUUGUACA